AUGAAUAAUAAUGACAUUAUAUAUUAACAGCAAUAGGAGCAAAAAGAGAAAAAACCUUCGCUUAUUGAAUAAUUGUGCUCUUGCAUAUAUUUCUUUAGAAAGAAAAAUGUCAAAAUAAAUGAAAGAUAUUAAUUAGGAAUUGAUACUCCCAAAUCUCAUGUAAGUAGAGUUAAAUUAAAUAUGAGACUAGAAAAGUCUGUGUUUUAGAUUUAGAUGAAACAUUAGUUCACAGCUAAUUCAAGGCAGAAAAUGGUUAUGAUUUUUUACUUGAUGUAAUAAAUACUUAAUAAGUUAGGUAUUUGUCCAAAGUCAAUUAUUCAAAGUAUUUGUCACAGUUAGACCAGGCGUAGAAGCUUUUAUGGAAUCCUUAAGUGAGUAUUUCGACGUUGUAUUGUGGACUGCUAGUUUAAAAGAGUAUGCUGAUCCAGUAAUGGAUAUCAUUGAUCCUUAAAAAAGGAUUCAAACCAGACUUUAUAGAGAAAGUUGUACUCCAAUUAAAGGAGGAUUAACAAAAAACCUAAAUAAAUUAGGAAGAAGUUUGAAGGAUGUAUUAAUAAUAGAUGUAACGUAAUUUUUGAUUUUAUUAGAAUUCCUAAAUGUCAUUUCUAUUUUAACCAGAAAAUGGUUUUUUAAUCAAAGAAUUUAUUUCGGAUAAAGAAGACAAAGAAUUGGAUUUAUUGUUACCAUUCUUAAUUUGGCUUAGUCAAGUAAUUUAUUUAUCUAUAAAGUAAUCCGAUGUUCGACCUGUUUCCAAACUCUACUAAUAGUAUUUAACCAAUAACUUAAAUCCUCGUAAAAGUUCAAAAAAAUCUAUUCUUUCCUAAUCUAUGGUUUUGAAUCAAGAUAACCUCUUAAAAUAACUCUAAAUUCCCAGAAUGCAUACAAUGAAUCAUCGUGACUUUGAGGAUAUAGAAUUGAGAUAAGAGGCUGGUCUUAAUUCCCCUCAUGUUGAACUUAAAAUGCAAGAUUAGACAGAUGAUGAAAGCAAAGAAACAAUUGAAAUCGGUAGUAAUUGA